CUAAUUGUUGUGAUAAACUUAUUAAAUAGAAAGAAUGACUGAGUAGUAUUUAAGAUGCCAAACAUCGAAGUGACUCCAUUGGGAGCCGGUCAAGACGUGGGCAAGAGUUGUAUUUUAGUCAGCAUCAAUGGAAAGAACAUCAUGUUGGACUGUGGAAUGCAUAUGGGCUUUGACGAUGAGCGACGGUUCCCUGAUUUCAAAUACAUCACGGAUUCCAACCUGAACGGUUAUCUGGAUUGCGUCCUGAUUUCUCAUUUUCAUCUGGACCAUUGUGGCUCGUUGCCGUUUAUGUCGGAAGUUGUGGGCUUCGACGGACCCAUUUACAUGACUCAUCCGACCAAAGCCAUUUGCCCAAUUUUAUUGGAAGAUUACAGAAAAGUGACCAUGGACAAACAAGAUAAAAGAAUAAAACCGAUUGAACCCGAUAAGUUUUUCACAUCUCAGAAUAUCAAAGAUUGUAUUAAGAAAGUAAAAGUUAUCGGAUUGCAUCAAACAAUUAAGGUAGACGAUGAAUUGGAAAUCAAAGCGUAUUAUGCUGGCCAUGUUUUGGGAGCGUGUAUGUUUUUAAUAACAGUCGGCUCAGAUAGUGUUUUGUAUACUGGAGAUUACAAUAUGACAGCUGAUAGACAUUUGGGUGCUGCCUGGGUCGACAAAUGUCGUCCGACUCUUUUGAUAACUGAAUCAACCUACGCCACGACAAUUCGGGAUUCCAAGCGCGCCCGUGAGCAAGAUUUCUUGAAGAAAAUUCACGAGGUUGUCGACAGAAAUGGGAAAAUUUUGAUCCCAGUCUUUGCUCUGGGACGAGCACAGGAAUUGUGUAUUUUACUUGAAAGCUAUUGGGAUCGUAUGAACAUCAAAGCGCCAAUUUAUUUUUCACUUGGUCUCGUCGAAAAGGCGAAUCACUACUAUAAGCUUUUUAUUCCGUGGACGAGUCAGAAAAUUAAGAGUACUUUUGUGGAACGGAAUCUGUUUGAGUUCAAGUAUAUCAAACCAUUUGACAGGUCUUACAUCGAGAAUCCAGGGCCGAUGGUAGUUUUUGCAUCACCUGGAAUGUUACAUGCCGGACAGUCGCUCAAUAUUUUCAAAAACUGGGCACAUGAUUCCAAUAACAUGUUGAUAAUGCCGGGUUAUUGUGUUGCUGGAACAAUCGGUCAUCAAGUUUUAAACAAUGCGAAGCAGGUUAUCAUCGAUGGAAAGAAAAUAAAUGUCAACAUCAAAGUCGAGUACAUGUCGUUUAGUGCGCAUGCAGACGCUAAGGGAAUUAUGCAACUAAUUUCAAAUACUGAACCCAAAAACGUAUUAUUGGUGCAUGGCGAAAAUGACAAAAUGAGCUUUCUUAAACGUCAAAUCGAAAAAGAGUUUAAAAUUAACUGUUAUAAACCUGCCAACGGUGAAACGGAAACAAUUGAAACUUUUCCUGAUUUGAGUGUCAAUUUGAGUUGCAAUACAUACAGGCAACAAUGCUUGGAGUACACCAAGUUCGGGGCUAAAAAGCCGAAGAUUUUCAGAGGCGCUGUUUCAGUUCGAGAGGAUGGUUCUCUGGAGCUCCAAGACGCACAGAGUUUUGCUGAAGAAAAUGGACUGAAGCAACAUAAAAUCAGAUUUACUUCAUCUGUAGCUCUAAACGAAGAAUUUGAAUCUAUUACUAAUUUGGAGUCUCAAGUUUACGAUGCUCUACAGAAUCAGUUAGCCGAGUUUGAUUCAUCUGUUAUUUUUUCGAAGUCGUCAGCUGAUCGGUCAAUUUCAUUAAACGGAAACUUGGUCGUAAAAAUUUCAUCUGUGAAAGAACUCAUUGUCUCUUGGCCGUUUGAAAUGGAUGAUUUGGGCCAGGAAGUUGUGAAAAUUUUAAACACAAUUGACGAGGAUGGAAUUGUUUAAUGUUAUUUUUCUGUUCAGUAAUUAUUCUCCAAAAAGUAUACGAAAUUGAACUUCAUUUAUUAUUGAAGCUCAAUAUCUUACAGGCUUCUUAGCACUUUAUUUUAGGCAACGCGAUUGUCUUUCAACCGUAAAGUGGGCGAUUUGACUCCCGGUCCGGGAAAAAUUGGGGAAACGUUAUUUUUUUUUCCGGGAAAAGUUGAGUUGUCUGACCUCCUUUGUCUGCUUAUUUUUUGUUGGCGUAAUUUUCAGAGAUUUUUUUUGCUUUCAGUUCAAACGAAUACUUAAAUGAGAGUCGGACAGUCGAUAUCCUAUUUUGUUGACUGUGAAUUUUUUUUUCGAGAAAAAAUAGUUUCGGCUGGUGUUUUAUCUGUUAGUCAACUCAUUUGUGUUGUUCUAAGGACUAAAAUUGAUUACCAUUUUUAAGAUAAUUCAGGACAUAGUAAAAGUUUGAAGUUCAAAAACCUAAUCACUCGAGUUUUGUGGGAAUAGUUUUUUAUGGAUUUUUUUUUUGUGUUAAUGGGCGUCUACCCAAGUAUUGUCGCCUAGUGACCGCUUGAUAAAUGAUACUAAAAGAUUAUUUAUUUCGUUUUUUUUUUCAAAUAUAAAUUUUUCGACCUAGUUGUUCCAUCUCAUUUUCUGUUCGCUAGUUUGCAGUGUUACGCUUGUGUUCUAAGGCAAGUGAUGCGGCGAUCCGCUUCGCCUCUGUGUUUAAUUAUGCGAAAUAUCCUCCAAAGUUAGUUUUGUUGUUUAGGCGCUCGUGUUUGUGUUAUCGCUAAAGAAAAAAGGCUGAAUCGCUUCUCACUAAUCUAGACAUCACUGUGCUUCCGCUAGAUACUUUCGCUAAUUGCUAGCAUUGACGCUAAUAACAUCUAUUAUUCGUGGAAAAGUCAUUAACUGGACCUCCUGAAAGAAAAUUUGAAUUUGGGAAUUGAGAUCUGACUACUUUCCGAUAGUCGCAUUCGAUUGAACUGUGUAAUGCUAAAAUUUUUUAUUUUUAACAUUAACCAAUUCUUGCCAAAGUGGACAAUAAGAUGCGAUCUUCUUCAACUUCUAAAUUCAUAGAGUCGAAUUUCUUCAAUCAUU